GUCAGCAGCUCUAGCUCUCUGCCGAAACUAACCGGAGAGCAGAGACAGACAGACACUUGGCAGAGAGAAGAGCCCCAAAAGAGAACAGAGAAGGAGACGUUGAAAAACCCAACGUGAAGAGAGAGAGAACCCCAGUCAGUCUAAAAGGGAGCUCCCCCCCAGCCCCUUUCUCAUUCCCCGACCUAGGUUCCUGGCUUGCAGUUUCUAUUUGCUCUCUUGGGGUUCCACCCUUUGGGGCAUGCAGAGGUUCGGACUCUAGUCUCACUGCCUCCCAGGUCCCGGUCCCCCUAAACUUCUGUCUUCCCAUCAUGUCAGUUGCUGUAGAGACAUUUGGAUCCUUCUUGGGUGUGCUGGGGCUACUGAUGCUUGGAGUGACACUUACCAAUGCAUACUGGCGUGUGUCUUCUGUCCAUGGCAAUGUCAUCACAACAUCGACCAUCUUUGAGAACCUCUGGUACAGCUGCGCCACAGACUCCACUGGUGUCUACAACUGCUGGGAGUUUGCCUCCAUGCUUUCCCUGUCUGGAACCAUCCAGGCUUGCCGGGCACUCAUGAUCACAGCCAUCCUUUUAGGCUUCCUGGGCCUCUUUCUGGGCAUUAUUGGCCUGCGCUGUACACAAGUUGGGUCUCUGACACCUGAGAACAAGGCCAAGCUGGCUGCUACUGCAGGGGCCAUGAACAUACUGGCUGGUCUUUGUGGGAUGGUGGCUAUCUCCUGGUAUGCCGCUAAUAUCACCCGACAAUUCUUUGACCCUACGUAUGCUGGGACCAAGUACGAGCUGGGCCCUGCCCUGUACCUAGGCUGGAGCGCCUCCCUGCUCUGCAUCCUCGGGGGGAUCUUUCUCUGUAGCCACUGCUGCUGCUCCUCAAAGAGCUCCUCCAACAGCGUCCCCUACAAGGCUUCCGUGACUGUACUGCCCUCCGUGGGCCCCACUUCUCGCUUGCCCCAAGGGGCUUCAGACGACAGCGAAGCAAGCUUCGGCAAAUACGGGAAAAACGCCUACGUGUAGAGAGGCUUAGGCGGUGGCUUCUGCUCUCUUCUGAUGACCCAGCUUGGAAGGAGCAGCAGGAGAGAGCACGAGCUCCCCAAAGUCAGCCCUCGCCCCCAGCUCUUUGGCUCCGCCUCAGUUCUGAGCAAGCUCCAAGCACUCCAUCAUCCAUCCAGACCCCACCCUUACUCCGGCCCGGAUACCGGGCUUCGCCCCGAAUUUCACGUCCCGCCCCUCCCCCCCCACCACAGCUUUCUCGCCCUUGCCUCUUUCCUUGGCCCCACUUUGAGAGACCCUGUGGGAUACGGGGCGGGGAAACCACUGACUAUGUGUAUUUUGUAUAAAUAAAAGUUUCUAUUACAACCUUA